AUGAAUGGGCUUAAAAAGGUAUUAGGGUAUAUGGGUAAUAGAGUUAAUGAAUAUAUGAACCCUGACUCUAAUGAUAAUAAUGCAAAUAGAUCACCACCAGUAGCAAGUGUCAGUAACCAACAGCAAUCAUCACCUCCACAACAACCUCAAAAUACAAAUAAAAAACAAGAUAAAAGACAUAACGAUCAUGACGAUGACGACGAUGACGAUGAUGGUUUAAAGCAAGAAAUAGAACUAUUCAAAAGUUCAUUAAAAAUUACAAACACCUCAUCAAGCGAUUUAGAUAUUUUAAUUAUUAGAAUUAAUGACAAAAUUACAAAGAAUGAUUUUGAAGAAGGUUUAAAACUAUUAAAGCAAUUUGUAUAUCUAGUAUUCGAAGGGUUAACAUCAAAAAGCGUCAAUACACUUCAAAAUGCAGGUACAACCUAUACAAAUUUAUUUGAAAAAUACCACAUACCAUCACUAAUGAAACUAGAAGAACUGUAUCAAACAAGUAGAUCAAAGAUUGAAGAAACAAUGAGAACAAAUAAUGAAACAUCAUUAAUUCAACUUUCAAUAAUACUUUCAAUUGUACAACAAAUUAAAUAUAAAGUAUUAGUUAGACAACAACAACAACAACAACAACAACAACAGCAUCAGCAACAGCAUCAGCAACCAGUAUACGAAGAAGAGGAUGAGGGUUUAAAUCUAUAUAUCCAAUUCCAAAGAAAAUUAAUUUUACAAGAUUCAGGUCCAAUUAUUAAAGAUAUGAUAAGAGUUAAUGAAACACUAGAAGGAAUGAAUGAUAUAAAAUCAAAGGUUAAUUCAAUCGACAAUUGUCUAUUAGCAUUGAAAAAGGUUUUAUCUAGUGUCGUUCAAAAGAUCUCUGAUACAGUUCAUGUUAGCUCAGAUCAAUGGAGAUGGAACCAAAUUCUACACGAAAAAUAUCAAACCAAACUAAACGAAUGGAAUUCAAACUAUUUAACUUUGCCACUUCACAACCAAUCUGCAAUGUACCUAGACAAAAUCUAUACAAUUAUUUUAGAUAAAAUUAAAGAUGAUCAAUUGAUUACAGAAGCAAAUUUAUCAAUUGAAGAUUUAAUUAAUAAUUUUAGAUACAGCCAAGAAGAAAUAGAAAGCAUCCAACCAUAUUUAGGUAUUGAUGAACUUUUAAAUCAAAUAUCAAGUAUUUCUGAAAUCUCUCAAAGAUAUAUAAACUAUAUUCAAGCAAAUGCAGAAAAUGGCAAAAAACUACCCGAAUUAAAUAAUAUGAAAAGUAGAAUACAAGAGAUUUUAACCCAUUAUACAUCACUUGAAGCCCAAUAUUUUCAACUAUCAUUUUCAUUUUCUAUUUAUGGUGAUGAUUUAAGAAAACUUAUUAGUAUAGAAAUGGAUGAUAAUAAUCAAAAAAAUCAACACCAACAACAACAAUCAAAUGAUUCACAACACGAUAGAACAAAUUCGCAACAAAGAAAAAACAAUGAACAAUUACAAAGAUAUGGACAAGAGAAUAAUACAUCCAGUAUGGUAGAUGAUAUAUUUUUUAUUUUUAGAAAAGUUGUAGCAAGAGCGAUUUCAACAUCAAGUUCACCAACAACCUGUGCAAUUAUUAACCUAACUUUAACUAAUUUUGAUAUUAUUUAUAUACCAUAUUUCGAAAACUUACUACAAUAUACACUUAACCCACAAGAUUUUGACCAAAGAAGAGAUACAUUUUUAAUUAUUUUAAACAAUCUUACUUUAACCAAUGAUUAUAUUAAUCAAGUUCAACAUCAACUAAAAGAUACAACAUUAACCAAGUUCAAAGAAGAAAAUGAUAUCAAGAUGAUUAAUAUUUGUAUCGAGGGUGAUGGCUUUUCCUCUAUCGUCAAGCACAUUAAUAAUAUUAUUAAAGUUAAUGUUGAUAAAAUAAUAAAUGCCAACUCUGUAUUUUUAAAUAGAUUUAUGUGGCCAUUUAAUAAUAUAAACUACGAAAUUACUGACGAAGAAUUCGAAAACUAUGAAAUUAAUGAUCCAUUUGUAAUGGACUUUUUAUCCAACCUCAUGGAGUUACUAGGACCAUACAAAAGAAAGUUUAUGGCCGUAAAUUUUGAUCAAAUGGUUCAUUUAAUGUCAACAUAUAUUGCUAAGAAUAUGGAAGAACUAAUAAUGAAAAAAAGAUUUAACCAGCUUGGUGGUAUACAGCUUUCAAAAGAUAUAAGAAAGAUCAUAGAAUUUUUAUGUAAUAUAACAACCGAACAAAACAUUAGACACAAGUUUACAAGACUCUCCCAAAUUUCCCAUUUAUUAACAUUUGAUAAGGCAAAUGAUAUAUAUGAAUAUUGGGGACAAGAAGGAUAUGUGUGGAAGCUUAGUGCAUUAGAAAUUAAAUUAGUAUUAGGAAGAAGAUCAGAUUUUAAAGGUGGAGUUAAUAACCUUAAUAUAAAGUAA